CUUUACCUUAGCGUCGUUUUUCCCUCCCUCACACACACAAACACUGGGUGAAACAGUCACAAAAACGCUCACACAAAACGGCACGCUGAAGGUGCGUUUGCCCGGAAGGAAGCUCGCACCAUGUCUCUCGCAGGUGUCAUUGCUGCUGUCAGGACGGGUUGGAUGUGUGCGGCGAGCUGCGAGAAAACAAUGCCGUCUCACAGCGGAGGAGACAUGGAUUUGAUUUGAAGCUGCCUUCAAAUUCGUAUGCCGCCGCAGGUAUGAAUCUCAUCUCUUCCAAUUCAAUUAAAGUAGCUGGAUGAAGACGGCGUUUCGUUGACCUGUGGGGCUCUGGUACGGUCGGGAGAGACUGUGGGGACCUUUUAAUUAGCCUCAGACUCUCCCCUGGAGGGCUUUUUUUUCAUCGACUGCCAUUUUCCCGGGAAACCAAGAAAGAAUUUAACUUCAGGGAUGAUGGACUGAUGAUUAUUAAUUAAUCUCGAUGUUUUCUCCAAGGAGGACAUUAAACUGUUUGCUGUUUUUUAAUUGGAUGCACCCUUAUCGGAGCUGCAGCAGUAAAAAAAUAAAAUGGGUAAAUACUACACUACUCUUGAUACUUGGUCUCCUGUUGACCAAUGACAAGAGAAGUCAAAAACCCACAAUCUAAGGGCCAUUUGAUUCGUCUCAAAGUUAUGUCUGGCCAGUUGAAAUCGUUUUAAUGACAUUUUAGAAGCACUAAAAGAUUACCUUGCACCAACAAACUGGAUGUAAACGUCGUGUCCAGACCGCAAUCAAAUCAAUGUUUUCUCCUUGCUCCCAAAUCUCAGUCUGCCAGUUUGCAUUAUGACACUUGUCCUCUAAUCAUCAUCUAAAACGCUUAAUACAAUGAAUUGAACCGUGUUGCCCUGCAGAGGAUGAUCAGUGCAAUGCAUCAAAACUAAUGGACUGCACAUACUCCUCCUGAUAUCAAGUUGACCAUGGGACUAGUCAAAAUGUUGCUUUGGUCAGUUGAUGUUUCCAUGAGGUCCUAAAUGAAAACUAAGCCUCCCCUUUGUUUCAAUCUGCCUUUUCACCUUGGAGACCACCAACAAUCAUCGCAGUGGUUCUAAUACUGUGGCCCCAUAGUUUGCCUUCCUCCUCUUUGGAUUUUUACUUGAAGCCUUGGAUUUCGUAAUAGCAACAUGGCAUCCCCCCAACGUCAACAACUGCUGCCUCACAACACAGAGGUGAGCUGUGACUCGAGUGGCGAGGGCGUCUCAGUGAGGAUUGGGAACAGUGUUAAACACAAGCACGGCGGCGGGCCACUUGUUUCCAUCGGGGGAGGAUCCAAACACUGCAAGUAUAGUAUAUCCUCCAGCUGCAGUUCCGGGGAGACGGCAGUCAAGAGGACGUUGGUCAAGAGCUUCCGCUCGCAAAGGAGGGUUCCUCAGCUUUUCGAGAGGUCUGCCGGUCACUUGUGGGACCCGAAGUUUGACUCGUCUAUCCUGGAAGAGGCAUGCCGAGAACGGCGUUUCCCUCAGACACGACGACGUUUCCGCUAUGUGCUCUUUUACCUGUCUGCCGCCGCUAUCCUCUGGGGAUUUUAUUUUGCUGCCAACCCAUCCCGCUGCAACAGGAUGGUCUUUCUGAUCCCCACUGCAUCCUUUCUCAUUUUCUGCUGCCUCCUCUUCAUGCUUACUUUUACCAAGUUUUACUCUCGCUGCUACAGUCAAGCAUCCCUGUUGCUUAUUGUUGUCACCUUCAUGCUGACACUGGGCCCUCAGAUCCAGACGUCAAGCUUCAGAGAUCCGCAGACUCUCGCUGAUUUGUUGGAUGUAGAUAAUUUCAGUGGGCUGCCACACAAUCUAUCCUACGUAAGGAUUGUAGAUGGUAGCGCCUGCUCCGCCUGUGUCUCCCCUGUCGGUACCUUCUCCCUCUGCAUUGAGGGUCUCCUGUUGCUCUACAGUGUCCUGCAUGUUCGCCUCUUUGCUUCUGUCCUUCUCGGCUUUCUCUACUCUGUCUGCUUUGAGAUUUUGGGCUCAUUCCAUCUCACCCAGGUGGGUGGCAAUUUAAGUUUAGCCCCUGAGAAAGACCUGGAUAUCCUUGGUUGGUUAGGACCAGCAAAAGCCCUGCUCCACCUGUGCGCGCACGCCAUUGGGAUCCACCUGUUCAUCAUGUCUGAAGUGCGGGCACGCAGCACCUUCCUGAAAGUCGGACAAGCUAUCAUGCACGGCAAGGACCUGGAGGUUGAGAAAGCCUUAAAGGAGCGAAUGAUCCACUCCGUUAUGCCCAGACUCGUGGCAGAUGAUUUGAUGAAGCAAAGUGAUGAGGACGCUGGCGACAGUUCGGUGAAGCGAUACUCCACAAGCGGAGCUGUUGCUGUCAUCUCCAGCCCCAAGAACAAUAAACACAAGAAAACCUCCAUCCCUCGAGGUCAGAUCAUCUUCAGACCCUUCAACAUGAAAAGGAUGGAGCCUGUCAGCAUCCUCUUUGCUGAUAUUGUGGGUUUUACGAAAAUGUCGGCCAACAAAUCGGCCCAUGCGCUAGUGGGCCUUCUCAAUGACUUGUUCGGACGUUUCGAUCGACUGUGUGAGCUGACCGGCUGUGAGAAGAUCAGCACCCUCGGGGACUGCUACUACUGUGUGGCUGGAUGUCCUGAACCCAGGCCCGACCAUGCGUAUUGCUGCGUGGAAAUGGGCCUGGGCAUGAUCCAGGCUAUUGAACAGUUCUGCCAGGAGAAGAAGGAAAUGGUCAACAUGAGGGUGGGCGUCCACACCGGCACCAUCCUGUGCGGGAUCCUCGGCAUGAAGCGCUUCAAGUUUGACGUCUGGUCCAAUGACGUCAACUUAGCCAACCUGAUGGAGCAACUGGGUGUGGCCGGCAAGGUCCACCUUUCGCAAGCUACCGCCAACUUUCUGGAUGACCGCUACCAACGUGAAGACGGCCAGGUCAACGAAAGAAUCGGACAGAGUGUGGUUGCCGACCAGCUAAAAGGCCUGAGGACCUACCUGAUUUCUGGAAGGAAACUGGAGAAGCCUCCUCCUUGUAACUGCUCCCAGUCGGCCUCUGAACACGCCGACUUGAGGUGCUGCUCGCAGGGAGCGCACUCGUUUGAUGGAGCCCCGUCAGCCUCCGGCCUACCCCUGCCUCCGUGUCCAUCCUGCAAUGUCGUCCUCAUACCAGGGGAUGAGAAGGUGCUGGAGGAAGUUGAUGUGAACAACGGGUGCCAUGAAGACCACAAGACCAGUAACGGCAAGGACAUUUUGGGUUUGAAGAGUCCCACGGGGGUAUCUGCGAGCCGCGGCUCAAAAGCUCUGAACGGCCUGCUGAGUCCCCGGUUGGAACCUCUUCACAACAGCCAAACGUCGCUGUGCGAGAUGCUGCAGGAGAAGGAGAAGAAGACGUGGGUCGGAGGGUCCCUGGGCAUGGAUCAUUCGGCGCUCAUUCCGCUGCGCUCCAAGAACUUCCGGGAGAGAAGCGAUGCCCACUUUGUGGACGUCAUUAAAGGAGACAGCCUGAUGAAGGACUAUUUCUACAGACCGCCCAUUAACAAACUGUGCCUCACUUUCCUGGAUAAGAGCCUGGAGUCUGCCUACCAGAUAAGCUUCCAAGAGGAGGUGGAGGCCCCAGCAUCGACGCAGACUUUCGCAAGCCCAACGUUCAGUUCUUUCCUGGACAUGCUGCUGUGCUCUUUGGUGUUUCUGGCUUUGUCGCUGGCUUGUUUCCUUCACCCCAUCGUCUCCCAGAUGAGUCUACCCACACCGGCUCUCACCGUGACCACCGCGGCUGCCUUGCUGGAGGCCCUGGCACUCUUGUUUGCUAUUCGUGUGGCGUUCUACCUGGACGGCGCUCUGAAGUGCACACGGAUGCUGAUGAAAGCCGUGUCAGGUUGGAUGCCUCGUCACCUCAUCGGCGCCGUCACGGUGUCCCUGCCCGCUCUGGCGGUUUUCUCCCACGUCACUUGUGAUAUGCAUCACUCCAUUCAGUUCACUAUGUUCAUCUGCUGUGCUGUCAUUAUUGCUAUCAUUCAGUUCUGUAACUCUUGCCAGCUCAGCUACUGGAUGCGCUCAAGUUUAGCAACUCUAGUUGGACUGGCACUUCUUUCACUGCUCUUCACAUCUCCCUGCAGAGUUGCUGCAAAUCUUUUUUUCUGGUAAGUUUGUAUGUCAGACAGCGGCAACGGCUCAGCUGUCAAAUACGAGAUGCAGGCUGAUGGAGAUGCCGUCCAUCCCAAAGACCUGCUAGGCCCCGAGGCCUGCGUGGCCUUUUUCCUGCUCCUCCUCCUCAUCUGGUUCCUCAACCGGGAAUUUGAGGUGAGUUACCGUCUCCAUUACCACGGCAACGUGGAGGCCGACCAGCACCGCAUCAAGAUCCAGAACAUGAGGGACCAAGCCGACUGGCUGCUGCGCAACAUCAUCCCCAUUCACGUGGCGGAGCAGCUGAAGGUCACGCAGAGCUACUCCAAGAACCACGACAACGUGGGCGUCAUCUUCGCCAGCAUCGUCAACUUCAGCGAAUUCUAUGAAGAAAGCUACGAAGGCGGCAAGGAGUGCUACCGGGUCCUCAACGAGCUGAUCGGCGACUUUGACGAGCUGCUGCGGACGCCCGCCUUCGCCAAUAUCGAAAAGAUCAAGACCAUCGGCGCCACGUACAUGGCGGCGGCGGGCCUCAACGCUCAGCAGUGCGCCGACGCCGCCCAUCCUCACGCUCACCUGCGCGCGCUCUUCGACUUUGCCCUGGAAAUGAUGCGCGUGGUGGACGACUUCAACAAGAACAUGCUGGGCUUCGGCUUCAAGCUCCGCAUCGGGUUCAACCACGGGCCCCUCACCGCCGGCGUCAUCGGUACCACCAAGCUCCUGUACGACAUCUGGGGAGACACGGUCAACAUCGCCUCUCGCAUGGACACCACGGGCGUGGAGUGCCGCGUACAGGUCAGCGAGGAGAGCUACUGCGUGCUCAGCGGCAUGGACUACGACUUUGACUACCGCGGCACCGUCAACGUCAAGGGGAAAGGACAGAUGAAGACCUUCCUUUACCCCAAAUGCGGCGACAGCGGCCCCGUGCCUCAAUACCAGCUGUCCGUGUCCCCGGAGAUCCGAGCGCAGGUGGACGGCAGCAUCGGACGCUCGCCCACCGACGAAAUCGCCAGCAUGGUGCCCAGCGCGGCGUCGAGCGGCAGCAUGGUGCCCAGCGCCAGUGCCGGAUCCUCCGCCAAAACGGGCCUUUGUCACGAGAGGGCCGACGGGCUUCAAUGGCGUCCUUCUGCGCAGGCCUCUCACGCCAGGCGAUCCGCUUCGCACAGCGGCCUGACGUCCGUGCACGUCGACAACCUGGAGGGACCACCCUCGGUCGCCGCUAGGAGCCGACUCAUCGUCUCGGUGGCGGUAAAGCCGACCCGGAAUGCGACGGCAGCGUCCCAGAAGGACAAACUCCAGGAUUCCAACAGGCUCUAAGCAUUUUCGAAGCUUUUAUCGCAAGCAUGCCAGUCAGGAGUGGGGAACCUUUUUCCGUUUUCAUAUAAAGUCCAGGACUGAUUGCUGAAAAAUGCUCCAGGUUUGAUAUUGGGGAGCUUGCCUUCCUAUUUUUUGUUUGAAAGUUGCAGUCGGUUGCGCUUGCCUCUUCCAGCCGACAGUUGGCGUUUGAAGCACCACAGUAUGGAAAAGCCCAAAGGAAAGCCUGUUUUUUUUUUUUUUUUUAAAUGCUGGAAAGCGACUGACAAUUUUAACGGCUUGUGCCAAGUCCAAAGAAGAGAGUGAUAUGACGAACCGCAUACUUGAUUGAUUAUCUCUACCUUUAAUCUGUCUUCUUUUAAGUGCCUUUAGAAUAGAAGAACUUCUAGACUCCAGCCUUUUUUUCCAAAAACACUUAAAAGGGAACAAAAAUGCUUUAGAUGAAUCAGUGUUUUGCUUUCUAACAAGUUUUGUUGGUUUUUUUUUGGGUUGGCGUUGGGGGGGGGGGGGGCGGCAGCGACACUUUGCCUUUGGUUAUCUCCAGCUGACCUUACAUGCAGAAAGUGCUACAUGAUUUCUAAGAGUUAAAUGCUUUCUUUGUUCGUCGUGAAAACACCAACACUGUUUAACUCAUUCAGUACCAGCCAAUUCUAGACCAAGUCUGAAAAGACGUUUUUAAACGUCUUUGGGAGUGAAUGAGUUAAGAGACUCGUGGAGGUGGAGCUGCAUGUUGAGUGUGCGUAACUGCAUGUACAGUAUACAUGGCGUGUGGGUUUUGUUUUUAUGUCCGUUGCAACAAGAUCAGAUGAAAAGCUAAGGAAGGACUAGAAACCUUCUUUUAUAUGUCGCUUAAUGUUUCCUUUUUUUCUGUUUUGUCAUUCCCCCCAGUAAUAUGGGGCAGUCUCUCUCAGCUAAUAUGUGAGAUUGAAACGUUUGCCUGAAACUCUUUCUUGUCUCUGUGAAGCAGGAAACUACACAUUUUAGAGUGACUGAAUGGAUUUUUGGAUAAGAGCAAAACACAACUGCCCAAUUAUUAAUAUUGUGGUAACCCUUGAAAUGUUUCUGUGAAUCUUCUGUUGCUCUUAUUUAGAACAUAGACGCUGGAUGCAUUAUGUUUUAACUUGCCGUACAUCAUUGAUUUACUUAUAGGAUUAUUGUUAUUAUUACAAUGCAGCCUCAAAAGUAAAAGUUAAAAGUAUUUAUGAUUCAGAAACUUUCCUAGAAAAACAUGCCUCAAAAGUCACAAAAAAACGAAUUUGUACUUGAAGUCCACAGUCAUGCACCAAUUUUCUCUCUACUGGAUGACAAUUUUGACAUGUAAAAUAUACAUUUGGACCCCUGCUAUUCACGUACAAUUCUGAUGUCCAUUGAAAUGCUACCCCUAGUCCUCAAAUCACCCCAAAUUUUUAAAAAAUUCUCACACUUUGCUUCAUCCAUAAUUAGCCCCCCCCCCCAAACUAGUUUUUACACUUGUGGGACAUUUACUCUAAAUAUGCUUUUUGAUGUAUAGUGAUUCGCAUCACAGUUUUGAUAUUCUGGGUUUGGAUCUCAUCUCCAGCUCCUUUGUUUUUGCAAAAUAGAAACAAAAGCCCCAAAAAGUUUCCACGGUGUGAUCUGAAGUUAGGCUGAUUUAACGAAAUGUGUGCUCAUGGGCUAAACAAAUGAACAGUGAAAAUCAGACUGCAUUAACAUAAUCAAGCAGUGCUAACCAAAAUUAUUGAUGUUCUCAAAAGAUAUUUAUAUUUUUUUGCCCGUUUGUCAUGAUUUAUUUGAAAUUGCCAUCUGCGGUGUACAUAUAUAUUAUUUGUAUUAUUGUGGGUAUCUUGUGCCUUUAAUUUUCCUGUCUAUGCCAACAUUAACUAUAUUAAGUACCGGUAACUGAUGGAAAUGUUUUACGUAUUUAAGUAGUGCCUUUUUUUUAAACAUAAAUCAUUGUGAACAUACGCAAUACAUGACAUAGGCGAGCCAUACAGCUAACUUGUUUUGUCAUAUCUAUUAUGUCCUGGAUGUAUUUUUCUAGUUUAUAGUUUUGAGCGCACCAAUGCAAAGGGAUUUGGUGCUACAGAAUUCAGCACAUACUGUAGUUCUCACCCAAAUACGUAUUUAUUACCACAGUAAUUGUACGCUUCAGCAGUGAUCCAAGAAGUACGUAGUAAGUUUUGGGUAAAGUGCAUAUUUCUCUAUUCUUUAUUAAUUUUGACAAUUUUUUUUCAGAUAAGUCAAAAUUAGUCAUUAGCAUCAUAUUUUAAUAAGUGUUUUAAGUGGGUAAUUUGUUUCCAUUUCAUUGUUUUUGUUUGUUUUUUUUUUGCUUCUUGGACAACAAAUAUGAGAUUUAAGAUGUUUGUUGUUUGACGUAAGCGGUGUUCCGAGCCAGCGUAGUGGCAUGCUGGGAAAUGUUGAUGCCAAAGAGUGUCAUCACCCUCUCGUCUGCAUUAAAAAGAAAAAAAUGUUUUUUGCGUAUUUUGGGUGAUUUGGGUGAGUGCAUGGUAUAUACCCGUACUCAGUUUUUCUGUAUGUUGAGUAUGACUUUGUAUUGUAUUGUAUCUGCGCAUUUUAUAUUAUUGAUACAAGCGCAUGUACUAAAUAACAAAGGAAUAGCCAUUUACCAAUGUCAAAAUAAUUUAUAGUGUGCUAAAUUGUGUUUGUGUUUUGAAAGGGACUCACUUAUUUAGCUGUAAUAAUUUAAAGCAUUUUCCCUCCACCAUCUGUCGGAUAUUUUGUCAGCUUGUUUGUUUUUUUUCUAGAGUCCCAACCACCCAAAUAAAGGCCCUUCUAAAUGUAAACAGUGCAAAGAGCCUGCGACACUUUUAUGACUUACUGUUGUUGGAUUGUUUUUUUGUUUGUUAGCUUGGGCGGGGGGGGGGGGGGGGGUUGUAUUGGUGCAUUUAUUUGUUGUGCCAAAGAAGGUAACGUUAACGUAAUGUCAUACCUUUCUUUAAUAUAUGGCAUGUCAACACAUUUUUUCCAUUGCUACUUUGUUGUUAAAUGUUUUUACUAUCCAACAUGAGAUGAAUGUGAUUGGAGGCAUUGGUUGAGGUUAUUCUACUGCUCACUCCAUAUCAAAAUACCCCAAAAAGUGUGUGUGUGUGUGUGUGUGUGUGUGUAUCCCCCCCCCACACACAUACACACGAGCACAACCAUUUUUUCCAUUCCAUUAUUUUAAAUAUAUUGUGGCUGCAUAAAUACACGGUUAUUAGUUUACGUAUUUGUGCUUUGUGAAGAGUUGUUUUU